AGGUUCAGCCCCCCCUCCCGCUCGGCCCUAUAAAAGAGCCGUGUCUGGCCUUGCUCUUCAGUCUCUUCCCAGACCAGCUACAUCAACAGAUCCAUGAUGAGGUUCGUAGUCCUCGCCCUCGCUGUUUUGCUGGCAGGCUGCCAGGCCCGAUUCCUGCGGGACGAACCGCCGUCGCAGCUGGAGCACGUGAAGUCUGUGCUCCAGAUUUACGCAGAUCAGAUGAAGCAGGCGGGGCACAAGUCCCUCACUCACCUCGAUGACACCGAAUUCAAAGACUACAAGGAGUUCCUGGGCCAGUCUGUGGACAACCUCCAUGGCUACUUUCAGAACGGCUUCGACGCCAUCAGCCCAUUCAGCGCCCAGUUGAUGGAGGGCUUUGCUCCCAUGCGCGAGAAGCUGUACAGCGACAUGGAGGACCUGCGCAAGCAGAUCGAGCCCAAGCGCGAGGAGCUCAAGCAGGUUCUGGAGAAGCACUUCCAGGAGUACAGAGACGUGCUGAAGCCUUUCCUGGAGGAGUACCUGACCAAGCAGCGCGAGCACAUGGAGGAGGUGAGGACCAAGCUGGAGCCUGUGGUCAAGAGCUUGAAGGAGAAGAUUGGACCCAACUGGGAGGAGACCAAGUCCAAGCUGAUGCCCAUCGUGGAGCUUGUGCGUGAGAAGUUGACAGCACAUCUCCAGGACUUGAAGACCCUGCUGGAGCCCUACAUCCAGGAAUAUAAGGAUCAGAUGGAGAAGGGAGCACUGGAGUUCCGCAAGAGCGUGAGUUCUGGAGAACUGAGGGAAAAGAUGAACAAGUUGGGCGAGGAGGUGAAGCCUCACUUCACUGCUAUUUUCACAGCCCUCCAAAAGGCUAUGAGCAAGGAGUAAAGCAACCCUUUUUUACACCUUCCCUUCACCUCGCCACCAGCACCGAGUACCAACACCUCGAGCCGUUGUCGUCCAGAAGGCCUUUCUCCAAGCGUAACUGACCUUCGCUGAAUCACACAUACUCACACAUGCUGACAAUACACUCACAUGCACUUUUGACAAAUUCCCACAACUACAGGACUCGCAUUGGCUCUAAUGGGCAAACACAGCUAAGAAUUAAAGAACACUGAAACCUGUUCAUUCAAAAAUGCCUAGCAAAAAUCCUUUGUUAAGCUGCUUUUUGUUAAAAACUGAUUUUCAAUGUUCAAUGAAAUAAAAUAAUAAAAAUUAAAAAAAACUUUCAUACUA